CGCACCUUCCCACGCUGCCCCCGCUCCAUCCCCAGGCUGGGUCCCCGCACACCCUCACCCUUCAGAAACUCACCCGAUCGCUUCCCCGUUGGUGACACCUGGCAGCCAGCUGGGCCAGCCCUCUGUGUGGCAUGCACGCCACGCCGUCUCUGCUCUGCCCCUGUCCCCACCUAGAGUGUUCCUUGUCCUCAGGGCCCAGCUCAGGGCUUGCCUUCUCUCAGCUGCUGCCCCACCUGCCAUUCGGAAGGGACUUCUUCAUCCCUCGAGUUCCCAUAGCACUUUCUGUCCCAGUGAGAGGCCUCGUUUCUGCGUUGUGUUUGCACUGGUUCCAUUCGGGGAGCGGGCUGUAUCUGGACCAGCCCUGUGCACGGAGAGCAUCUAUAGACUAGUGUUGUCCAUGGGGAGAGGUGACCCUCCCUGCCCCGUGUGGCACAGCCCAGCCGGCGGGUGUGGGGCGCUGUGGGCCUCUGUUCUGCUGUGGGGGCCUGGCCGUCUGCUGGUCCUCUCACCCGGGAGUCCACUCAGCUGCCAACACUGCCUUCUGGAAUCUCACGUCUCAGGCCACUUCGUGCUUAACCCGGAGUAGUUGCAGCUCGCUGCCCUUUGGAGUGAAGGCUGAGUUGGCAACCAUGACCUAGAGGACCCCGAGUUUCCCCUUGGAAGAGCCCCUCGCCCUUGCGUCUUCCCAGUUGCUGUGCGAAUGUGUCCUCCUCCCUGGUGUCGGCUGCUGUGUCACAUCCCCUGGCGCCCGUCAUCUGCCCGCCCCUAUGCCCCUCUGUGGCCCUCACGCACGGUGGUGUGUGUCCGCCUGCUUCUCUCCCUGUUCGCAGCACUGCACCCCGUGGCGAGCCUAUCCACAUGCUCAUGACCGAAGCUAGGAGGCGGGGUCCUCGGGGUCCCAGAGAGGCUGGAGGCUUCAGUUCCGUGCUUUGCUCUCCUUUAACCGUAGAUCAGGAUCCUGUCUACCGUGGGGUCAGAAGCUACCAGGUCAGGUGUCCUGUCGGGAAAGGAAAGAUGGAGAAGCCAGGACGCCGGGUCUCCUGCUCUGACAUGAAGAUAGCUUUGCGAAACGACUUAAAUACGGCUCUUGUCAGGAGGCACUGCCCUCCGAGGGGAACCGCCAGUGCUGAGUUUGGUGCCUGGGCAGAGACGCGGCUGCUGACAGCAUGACAAGCGAGGUGAUCGAGGACGAGAAGCAGUUCUACUCCAAGGCCAAGACGUACUGGAAGGAGGUCCCGGCCACUGUGGACGGCAUGCUCGGGGGGUAUGGCCACAUCUCCAGCAUCGACAUCAACAGCUCCCGGAAGUUCCUGCAGAGGUUUCUGAGGGAAGGCCCGAACAAGACGGGGACCUCAUACGCCCUGGACUGUGGAGCCGGCAUUGGGAGGAUCACCAAGCGGCUGCUCUUGCCUCUCUUCGGAGUGGUGGACAUGGUGGACGUAACAGAGGACUUCCUGGUCAAGGCUAAGACCUACCUGGGCGAGGAGGGCAAGCGAGUGAGGAACUUCUUCUGCUGCGGCCUGCAGGACUUCAGCCCCGAGCCACAGUCAUACGAUGUGAUCUGGAUCCAGUGGGUGAUAGGCCACCUGACCGAUCAGCAUCUGGCCGAGUUCCUGCGGCGCUGCAAGCGGGGCCUGCGCCCCAAUGGCAUUAUUGUCAUCAAGGACAACAUGGCCCAGGAGGGCGUCAUCCUGGACGACGUGGACAGCAGCGUGUGCCGCGCCCUGGACGUGGUGCACAGGAUCGUCCGCAGCGCAGGCCUCAGCCUCCUGGCCCAGGAGCGGCAGGAGAACCUCCCAGACGAGAUCUACCACGUCUACAGCCUCGCCCUGAGAUGAGCGGGCCAGCGGAGCGAGGGACCAGUGUGGGGCCAGGGACUGGCGGCCAGGCAAGGCCCAGAAGCGCCACGUUGAUGGUUUGGGAGUGUUGAGCGGGGUCACUAAAUAUACCUGUCUGCCGUCCACUGCCAAA